AUGGAGGGCAAAGGACCUUCCUGGGCCGACAGGUUCAUUGGUCCGGAAUUCGUGCUCGACAUGUUCGAUCAAGAACCUUGGGAAGGGGAUCAUGGGUACACAACCAUCGAAAACUACUUUCUGUACAAGCAGGAUAUCGAGCGCCUUGCCACUAUGGGAAUGCCUUACUACUCGUUCAGUAUAUCCUGGCAACGCAUCCUACCAUUUACACUCCCAGGAACGCCAGUUAAUCAGCAAGGUCUCCAGCACUAUGAUGAUCUUAUCAAUUUUGUCCUCGAGAAAGGGAUGAAACCCAUCGUAACUCUCGUUCAUAUCGACUCGCCCCUCAUCUUCUAUCCGAACGUCAGCGAAGAAUACAUUGGUCGCAAUCCAGAAUACGGCUUCCUUGACUAUGGCAUGGGGGAUCCGAGAUUUGAGGAUGCAUGGGUGAACUAUGGGAAGAUUGUCAUGUCUCACUUUGCUGAUCGAGUGCCAAUUAUUUGGGUGACGUGA